CUCGUUUUCCGGUUGGCCGGACCACAUCAAAGACUUCUCACUGAACCGGAAGCGGGACCCUCUAAUGAGACUACUACUCAAUUGCAGAUUUGCAGGAGCUUCCGAGCUCGGCAAGUACCACCCACUGCCGCCGCCUCUCUCUAAAUAGUUUGUGAAGGAAAAAGCUAUCGGUGAUUAAAGGGUUGGGCAGUCUCAUUUUCUGCGACGAGAGUCUGAUAAUUGAUAAAAGAUUAAGGCAUGGAGAAAGGAUUGCGGGCGUAUGGGGAGAUAUUGAGGCUAGUGAGGCGGUUGCCCAAGGACACCAGGCCCUAUUACUCUAAGUAUACCAGAGAGAACUUCGUCAACUACAGAGACGCAGAUCCCAACGACGCCAAUGCCCUCGACGAGAUCUUCAAUAGGACCUACGUCCAUGCCACUUGGGUUCUCUCCAAGUAUUCGGUGAACGUAGCGGCUGCCGAUAAGCUGAAGGAGAUCUGCUGCAAUCACUGACUUUCUUUGCCUGCCACCUGUUUGUUUAUAUUCCCAAAUAAGUACGCCAAACAUAAAUUUUGUUGAACUUGUCUGUCACGUUGGCUUUCUUCCUGAAUUAUCUCAUGUUCACUACAGUUACUACAAUAGUUUGAGAAUGUAAUUGUAGUUGUGAUAUAGUUGUUGAUUCAAUCCCAUAUAGUACUUUGCCUGAUCUAUUACAAAGUUGAACCUUUUAUGGAUUGUUGGA